CAUUACCGAGUCAUGCUUGCGGUGCGAAAGUAUCGUAGAGCGGAUAUGCAAGCCCACCGGUUCAGUUUCUCUCCAGCGUUCAUCCGAACAGCAUCAGCAAGAUGUGGAUUAAUUUGCUCGUGCUAGUGCUGCUGGCGGCGGUGUACUGGGUACGGCAACGGCUUGCCUACUGGAAGCUGCGCGGCGUCCCAUACGUCCCACCGUCCUUCCCGCAGGGCAAUUUGGCCGGUGUUGGCAAGAAGAGUCACAUGUCAGGAAUACUGGAGAAUUGCUACAAACAGCUUAAAAGCUCCGGUAAACCAUUCGGCGGUAUUCACUUCUUCAUCAACCCUGUGGCGCUACUGAUCGAUCCGGAUCUCAUCAAGACGGUGCUGGUGAAAGAUUUCCAAUACUUUCACGAUCGUAACCUCUACCACAACGAUCGCGAUGAUCCACUGUCGCGCCAUCUUGUGGCCAUGGAGGGAACCAAGUGGAGGAACCUUAGGGCGAAGCUAACUCCUACCUUCACCUCCGGGAAGAUGAAGCUGAUGUUCUCUACUGUGACUGCUGUAGCGGAAGAGUUUGACAAGUGUAUGACGCGUGAGAUCAACCACAACUCCGUGGUGGAGAUGAAGGAUCUACUGGCCCGUUUCACCACCGACGUUAUCGGUUCCGUUGCGUUCGGGCUCGAGUGCAACAGUUUGAAGGACCCAGACGCCAAGUUUCGUGUGAUGGGUCGCAAGGUGUUCCAAGCGUCUCGCUACCGUGCGCUCAAGGUCUUUCUCGCUUCGCAGUUCCCACAGAUAGCGCGCGCGUUUCGCGUUACGUUGACAGCUCCGGACGUGUCGGAGUUUUUCAUGGGUGUCGUUAAAGAUACGAUCGAAUUUAGGAAAAGCAACAACGUGCAGCGCAACGACUUUAUGACACUGCUGAUGAAGGUGAUGAAGGAGCAGGUGGAGCAGGAUGGAGGUGGUGACCCGAAAGCUGAUCACCUAACGAUGGACGAUAUUGCGGCACAAGCGUUUGUGUUCUUCCUGGCCGGAUUUGAAACGUCCUCCACCACAAUGUCGUUCUGUCUGUACGAGUUGGCGCUGCAUCAGGAGCUGCAGGAUAAGGCACGCCAGAACGUAACGGAGGUGUUGAAGAAGCACACCACUAUCAGCUACGAAGCGAUACACGAGAUGAAGUACAUCGAGAUGUGCAUUAAUGAAUCUCUUCGAAAGUAUCCACCGGCGACUACCCUCACGCGUAGAGUCGAGAACGACUAUCGAGUGCCCGGCACUGAUCAGAUACUGCAGAAAGGGCUCAUGGUUGCAGUACCAGUGUACGCUCUACACCACGAUCCGGAACACUUCCCCAACCCAGAACGAUUCGAUCCUGGGCGAUUUUCUCCGCAACAGAGUGAAAAGCGUCAUCCAUUUACCUUUCUACCGUUCGGUGAAGGGCCACGCAUAUGCAUUGGGUUACGCUUUGGCAUGAUGCAGGCAAGAAUUGGGUUGGCAUAUCUACUGAAGAACUUCCGGUUUACGCUUGCGAAGGAUAGGAUGAGUGUGCCGUUGAAAAUCUCACCAUCAAGUUCGAUUUUGACCAUCGAUGGAGGGCUUUGGUUAAAUGUCGAAAAAUUGUCUCUUACGCUCACUCAAACGUCCGAACAACUCACAAAGGGUUGCCCAGCCGAUCAACCUACCGAGCCCCAUGAAGUUCAGUUUAAUUCCACACUUAAGCCAGUGAUGUUCCUUCAACUGCUCGGUCUACUAUUAGCCCUCGCGAUUGCGUGUUUCGCAUGGAUCAAGCGUCGGUACCAGUUUUGGAAGGAUCGUUCCGUCGCCUACAUCGAACCACGCUUCCCGUUCGGUAACUUUGCUACCCUCGGGAAGGUGGAACACAUCGCACCUAUCACCCAACGCCAUUACGAUCACUUCCGGAGGUUAAACGUGCCGUACGGUGGAGUUUUCAUGCUGACCGCUCCACUGCUCUACAUCUUCGACACGAAGCUGAUCAAGACGCUGCUGGUGAAAGAUUUCCACUACUUCCCGAACCGUGGCGUGUACUUUAACGAGCGUGAUGAUCCACUGUCGGCGCACAUGUUCGCCAUUGAGGGACAAAAAUGGCGCACGCUGAGGGCCAAACUGUCGCCCACGUUUACUUCGGGCCGCAUUAAGAUGACGCUGCCGCUGGUGAUGGAAGUGUGCCAGCGGUUCUGCGACCAUGUCUACCAGUCGCUGCAAACGUCCAGUGAGAUCGAAGUCCAUGAUCUACUUUCGCGCUACACGAUUGAUGUGAUAGGAGCGUGCGCGUUUGGCAUCGAGUGUAACAGCUUCCGGGACCCCGAUAACGAGUUCCGCCGGUAUGGAAAGAUCGCGUUCGAUAAGCUGCGCCAUUCGCCGCUGGUUGUGUACCUGAUGAAGGCGUUCCGUAAGCACGCGAACGCGUUGGGCAUGAAGCAGCUACACGAUGACGUUUCCAGCUUCUUCAUGCGCGUGGUCAAGGACACGGUCGAGUAUCGCGAACGCGAACAGAUCGUGCGGAACGAUUUUAUGGACCUGUUGCUGAAGCUUAAAAACACGGGAAGGCUCGAGAGUGGUGGUGAAGAGAUCGGCCACAUAACGUUUGAGGAGAUUGCCGCACAGGCGUUUAUAUUCUUCACCGCAGGUUAUGACACUUCGUCCACCGCCAUGUCUUACACGCUGUACGAGUUGGCGUUAAACCCGGAGGCGCAAGAAAAGGCUCGACAGUGCGUAAAGGAGACGCUACAGAAAUAUGACGGGCGGCUAACGUACGAAGCUGUGUCCGAUAUGAGCUAUCUCGAGCAGUGCAUAAAUGAGACACUACGCAAACAUCCACCUGUAGCGAUACUGGAGCGUAACGCCGAUAAGGACUACCAACUGCCAGACAGUGGACUGGUACUGCGCCGUGGUCAGAAGAUCAUGGUACCGAUCUUCGCCAUGCAUCACGAUCCGACACACUUUCCCGAUCCGGAACAAUAUCGUCCGGAAAGGUUUUCACCGGAGGAGGUCGCUAAGCGGGAUCCGUACUGUUAUCUGCCGUUUGGGGAAGGUCCACGCAUCUGUAUCGGUAUGCGGUUUGGUUCGAUACAGGCAAAGGUGGGUUUGGCGAGUUUGUUGGAUCGCUUCCGGUUCAGUGCGUGCGAUAGGACGCAGAUACCGGUACAGUACUCGCGCACCAACUUUAUUCUUGGACCGGCAAACGGUGUUUGGUUGAGAGCGGAAGAGCUUUAGGGAGCGUUCCAGGGACUUUCGUAGGAUAUGUCGGAGAUUCUAGUAGAAUUAAGUAUUUUAGAAAUAAAUGGACAAAAAGGUCAAGUUCAGACUCAA